AUGGACAGUGUCGUCCGCCAAACUGGCCAGCACGUAGAAUUGGAAGCGGAAUGGGAAGCCGCUUUCAACCUUCACUGCCAACAGGCACAAAACCUCACCCUUAUUUUUCAUUGGUGCGCCUCAUAUCGCAAAGUCCUUCUUAAAUCCACCAGAGAAGCCCUGAAAAAGUUUCAAGAACUACAGCCGAACAAGCAGCAGCCCAAGAACGCCGUUACGCUCUUGAACUUUACGCAUCUCUUCCACGAUUACGACGUCUCCACGCAACCGGUCAGCGUUCACCUUCCGCUAUCGCGAAUAAUCUCCGGAUUGUUGCUGGCCCUGCCCAAACACGGACUCGAAUGGGAUUGCUCGGAGAUGACGCUGGAAGCGAAACCAACUCUCCUCCAGUUGAUGGAAACUGAUGGCGCAAGUGCAAGCCGGAAUGUGGCGUCACAACGGCCGAUUUCGACGCUAACCAACACCUGCUGGCCAAGCAGACGACUUCUUCCACCAAACAGAGCAAAGCCGAAGAAGACGGAAUCCGCCGAACGAUAUUCAUCGCAGAAGAGUUUCCCCGUCUCAUCAUCAUCUUGUCACUGGAGAGAUUCACGCCCGGCAUUGGACAGGUGGAUGAAGAUGAGUGUCUUAGCCACGAAGUGCUUCACCUGUUGUGUGUGGAAUCCCAGGGACAUGCGGCACUCAAUCGGGCCCUCCCGGAAGAUAGUCACCACGAGACGGGAAUGGAGCGUGUGGCUGACUAAGUGUUCGUCUGCCGCAAACCGUUGCAGGGGUCCGGCCGCAGCGUCUUUUCGCUCAAACCAGAAUUCUAUGGAGACUACAAUGUGUACCACUAGUCCACUACCACUACAGCCGCAAAGAUCAGUCUCGAUCGUGCUGUGA